GCCACUGGAAUUCCCCACCGCUGCCGCCGCCGCCGCCGCCGCCGCCGUCCGCCGUCCCGGCGUCAUGCUCCUCCUCCUCCGGCAGCGCAUCCUCUCCCAUCUCCUCUCCGCGGCACCAGAUCCUUCCACCUCUCCACUCCUCUCUCUCCACCGCCUCCUCUCCGCCGCCACGCCCGCCAUUUCCCCGAACCCUAGCUUCGCCGUGGAGGACUACCUCGUCGGCACCUGCGGCCUCACCCGAGCCCAGGCACUCAAGGCCUCCGCCAAGCUCUCCCACCUCAGGUCCCCCUCCAAGCCCGAUGCCGUGCUCGCCUUCCUCGCCGGCCUCGGCCUCUCCGGCGCCGACGUGGCCGCCCUCGUCGCCAGGGACCCGCUCUUCCUCUGCGCCGGCGUGGAGAGAACUCUGGACCCCGUCGUCGCUGGGCUGACCGGCCUCGGCCUGUCAAAUGCUGAGACUGCGCGCCUCAUCUCGCUUGCACCGGACAGUUUCCGCCGCAGAUCCGUCGUCUCCAAGCUAGAGUACUACCUGCCGCUCUUCGGCUCCAUCGACAACUUGCUCCGGCCCCUCAAACACGGCUCCGGCUUCCUCUGCUCCGACCUAGAGAGGGGUGUCAAGCCCAAUGUCAAGCUCCUAGCAGAGUGCGGGCUAGGUGCUUGUGAUAUUGCCAAGCUCUUCAUCCGUGUACCGAGGAUACUUUGUGCCAAACCAGGGCGUGUCGUGACGAUGAUUGCGCGCGCCGAAGAUAUAGGUGUGCCUCGUGGCUCUGGAAUGUUCAGGCAAGCGCUGCACGCCGUCUCAUACUUCAGCCAGCACAAGAUCACUGCCAAACUGGACUACUUGAAGAAGACACUUAGGUGGUCAGAUACCGAGGUUGGCAUUGCGGUGUCCAAGGCUCCGGUGUUGCUGACAAGGUCACAUGAUGUGCUGCAGCGUAUGUCAGAGUUCCUUAUCUCUGAGGUGGGGUUGGAGCCGGCCUACAUUGCUCAUCGCCCCGUUAUGCUCACUUACAGCCUGGAGGGCCGGCUCAGGCCCCGCUACUGUGUUGUGAAAUUUCUCAAGGAAAAUGGAUUGCUAGAGCACGGGCGGAGCUACUAUACAUCACUGAUUAGGACUGAGAAGGUUUUCACGGAAAAGUUCAUAUGCCCUCACAAGGAAGCCGCACCACACCUCGCUGAGGACUACGCGGCUGCUUGCAAAGGGGAAGUGCCGGCUAGAUUCAGAUUUACAUGAACCAAGAAUGGGCUAUGAGAAUUGGUAAACUGUGUACGGUGCAACAAAGUUUUCAUUUUGUUGAAAGCUGGUAAUUCCUGUUUCAGUGUACUUUGCCUAAGUUGAUGUUGGUUAUCCGCUCUGUUAGAUGCUGGUAUGGUCUUUGCUAACUCUUGAUGAAACUGAUAAUUUGGAUCCUGAUAUGCUAAAGUUAUCAUUUACUCCCUCCGUCCUAUAAUACAAGAUGUUGUUACAACCAAUGUACUCAUAUAUUGAUUGUAAUAACAUCUUACAUUAUGGGACGGAGGAAGUAGUAGAGAAGAAACCAUGCCUUUGUUGUGAACUUGUUCAUCAUCAUGCCGUGCCAUGCUAUCUAACACUUGGAACUAAGUAAAUGAGAACAGGUCAUUCUACAUUGUAUUAAAAUCUCUAUUUUAUAUUUUUAAUGCAUUCUGGGUGAUGUUUGGCUUGCACCGAUGGCAUAAGUGUGCCCCAUGACUUUGGGAUGUUCAGGCACACCCUGUGCAUUGUCGCAUUCCUUGGCAGGAAAAAUAUCGCCACCAAAAUGAAAUACCUGAAGAAAAUGUUAAGGUUGACUGAUGCCGAGGGUGAGUAUUCCUGUGCCUAAGGUUCUGAUUUUGUGAGGAUGUCCAAGGAAUCGCUUCAGCGAAGGUUCGAGUUCCUCAUCUCUGAGUUGGGGUUGGAACAGGCUUACAUUUCUUAUCGCCCACCAAUUUUCUAUUAUAGCCUGGAGGGCCCGCUGAAAUCCUGGUUCUGCUGUAAAGUUUCUUAAGACACUUAACAUAUUUAAAUGCUUACUGCACCACAAAUUGUUUCAGUGUUCUUGCCUGACAAGAGUUGGUUGUCAGGUCUGGUAUGGCUGUCGCAUGCUAGGUUGGUCAUUGCUAAGACUUGAUGAAGCUAGUAACUGGAUCCAUGAGUAUUCAUAUCUCCAUAUCAUCAUAAAUUUGUCUCUUAAUGUCAAUUCUGGACCCUCUUUUUGGGAACAAUUUUGGACUAAUUGAUGGCGACAAUACAUUGAUCAAUCCAAGGAUUCAGUUUUGAUCCAGUUUGUUGGUUGCUUGUUCUAAUUCUUGUGAGCUGAAAAUCCCCGUUCUUUCUGCAAUGCUAUGGCUGGUUAAAACCAAGCCUCCUCUUGUUUUCACCAGUCAGCCUUACAUGUGUCUGAAGCUGUGUUGUUAUAUCAUGAUCUGUGCUAGCAAAUGGUUGGAAUAUUUACUUCUGCCUUGAUUGACCUCAGGUGUUAGCCUCAUUGUUCUGGAUCUUUUGGAAAAUGAGAAAUUGUACUUGUUUUCAUAGGUGGCUGGUGGCAAGUGAGGAUGUUGUUCAAGGCUGGAAUGAACAUUGGCGUCCUGCGCUUGGAAAAUGGCUGAAGAAUAGUGGUUUGGCAAUCUGUCUGCUAUCUAUCAGUGAGCUUGUUGGAGCGCUCACCUUCGAAGGGCGGCGAGUAUUGUUUUGCGGUGGUAGAUGUAGUUCCUCUCCACCCCACCCGCUGGCCACCGCCAGCAGCUGACACGCGGACCUCCUUAGAGCACGUGGGGCUCAGGAACAGGGCAUGGUCGCCGAAGCUUCUCGCCUCUGCCAACUUGUAUUCAUAUUGCGUCCUCUCGUCGUGUUGAGCGCCGCCGUCUUCAUUCAUGGGAACAGCUUGGUGCGUGAGAUCCCAUAUAGGGACAGUUUGUUGUUCUGAGAGGGGCCAUAGAGUUCUCUGUUGCAGAAGGCGAUGUCCAGCCGACCUCCGGGUAGCCAACCCUGCAGGCAAUCUGAAGCUACGGCUUAUAACGGACGAAACUGAAGCUGAUACAGCUGAGCAGAAGGUGGGAAAUGGUUUGGCAAAUCGUACUCCCUCCAUUCGGAGUUACUUGUCUCGAAAAUGGAUGUAUCUAGAACUUAACAUACGUCUAAAUACAUCCAUUUCUGCGACAAGUAAUUCCGAACGGAGGGAGUAGCAGCGAGGGACAAGUGAGUGUGGGAUCAAGGCGGUCAGUGAGGGUAGCCGCAGUGAUGCACAUCAUGAACUAUCGAUGUUGUUUAUAUAUGGAUGCAUGUAUGUCUCAAAAAAGAAGGUUUAUAUAUGGAUGUAGAGAGGAAAUUCUGAACUCCUCCCCUUUGUUCUUCUUCUUCUUCCCCAAGUCUCCCUGUUCUUCUCUCCUACCCAUGAAAUUAUAGAUUUAUUGUUCCAAUCACAGGUUAGGACGUUAGGUCAUAACAAAAUCAUGUGAUCUGUUAGGUCUCUUCGGAGGAGCAGCCACGGCUCCGCCGUUCAAACCCAGUGCGUUGUGUAACAGGUCACAGAUCCAUGGAAGACAAGUUCCUCACCGAGAUUAAGGGGAGAAAGGACAUACAAGGGGAUAGAAAAAGAUGAAAUUGACUAGGUGAAAUAACUGCUCGGGAUCAUCCCACUAAUUAACCAGCCAUCCAAUGAAGUAGCCUCCAUGACCAAAGUGCUACUUCCGUGUUUGCCCUAGCAUGCAGAGACCAAAAGGCCAUGCCAGAGCAGCAUCAAUGAGCUAGCCAUGUUCACUAUGUUCAUUCACUUCCGUGUUUGCUCUACAUGAUGCAUCACUCAAAUGAAAAGAACUUGCACACUUUCUCUCAGCUAGCUUCCCAAAGCAACCCCAUCGUUUGUAAUUUAUAGAGGUACAUUAUUGCCCGUGUUUUAUUAAUGCAUGCCGACCAAUAAUUUCUCAAAAGUUAUAAAGAUUUGGUACUUUCUUGUAUAGCUUGUUUGGUUGGAGAUAAUUGAAGAGAGAGAAACGGAAAUUUAGACGUUCUGCGACACAAAGUAACUCCUUUGCGGAAUCUGAUAAUAUAGGAAGGAUUAUGCGUGACAACUGGGAGUAUAGCUCGUAACAUUUUUAAUAACAGGUAGAAUGGUUUUUAGGAGAGAACUGUUUUACAUAGAACAUCUUGAUACUUUGUCAUAACUUAUAUUCUCAUCACCUACAAAAUCUCACGCAAUCCCCAAACUCACCCAAUAUGUCUGCCCGGAUAGUUCGGAGAAAAAAGCGUGUGUAACGACCCUCUUCCCAAACCCGCCCCAUUUGUCCAGACCCGUAUGUGGGGAAGAAAUGGGAGAUAACUGGGAGACCCCAUUGGAGGGGAGGACAAAUGUGGCUCAGCAAAUAAGGGCUCAAAUUAGGCACUUGCCCUGUGAACGAAUGAGUUGGCGCCAGAAGCACUACAGUCACAUGUUGAGCUUCUUGGAGAGCAAAAAGGGGUGACAAGGCUUGAAGCCCCACUUGACCAUGUGGCAAAAGCCUGACAUCUAGAAGAAGGA